AUCAAAGGGAGCGAACAAGAGAGAAGAGGUGCAAAGCAUGGAGAGAGGUGGAUCGGGGCUCGAUCUCCCUGGCUUCAGAUUCCACCCCACGGAGGAAGAGCUCCUAGACUUCUACCUCAAGCGGAUGGUGCUUGGAAAGAAGCUUCAGUUCGAUGUCAUCACCUCCAUCAAUCUCUAUCGCCAUGAGCCUUGGGAGCUCCCAGGGUUGGCCAGGAUGGGGGAGAGGGAGUGGUACUUUUACGUUCCGAGGGACCGCAGGCAAGCCAGUGGCGGACGGCCGAGCCGAACGACGGAGCGGGGGUUCUGGAAGGCGACCGGGUGCGACCGGCCGGUGCGCAGCGCCACGGACCCCAAGCGGCUCAUCGGCCUCAAGAAGACGCUGGUGUACUACGAGGGCCGGGCGCCUCGCGGCUCCAAGACCGACUGGGUCAUGAACGAGUACCGCCUCCCCGACCCGCCGCCGAGCUCCUCCGACGCAACACCCAAGGAGGACAUAGUGUUGUGCAAGGUAUACCGGAAGGCGACGUCAAUGAAGGAGCUGGAGCAGCGGGCGGCGGCCAUGGAAGAGGACAUGAACUCUGGGUCGUCGAUGACGGACUCGUCGCCGGGGUGGCCCGAUCAGGACAGCUUCCAGCUGGGACCACCAGCAGGCGUGGAUGACGUUAUCCUGAUCGAGGACACGGAGGAGGAGAAGAUGGCAGCGGCAGUGGCAGCAGCCGCGGCGGAAUUAAUGGAGGAGAAAGAAGAGGUGGCGGCUGCCGCGGGGGUGUCGACUCGGCGGCCGAGUCUCCCCGAAUUGGAGGUUCCAAAGAGCAGCGCGAUGGAAUGGCUGCAGGACCCGUUCUUGACUCAGCUGAGGAGUCCAUGGCUGAUGGAUUUCUGGUCUCCUUCUUUUAACAGCAUACUCAACUUCUAAAUUUGAAUCAAAACCAACGAUCAUGUUCGAGUUGAGCAGUGAUCGAUAGAAAGCUUAAUACGGUUUGUUCUUUGCACGACAUCUUAAGAUUCAUGUUUGAGUUCUUACUAUAAUACAAAAUCUUAAAUUUAAAUUCCGAUGAUAGAGUGCUCGACGAAACUAAUAAACUCAAACUGAGAGGUGAUUGAUGGUGAUGAUGGAGCUGACGAAAUCUGUCACUUGAUUGAGAGAGAUUGGGGUAUAGUCUUCGGGCUUGAACUUACAGUAGGUGGCACGAACUUCCCAAGUCAGACAUGGCAGGCCAUCACAGGCAUAGUAUGGUGUAAUAUUAGUCCAUCACAGAUGUAUAUGUCAAACCAUAUCACCUUUAAAGUCAUAUGGACAUUGUUAUCUU